UUGACAGAAAGAACCCGAAGAACAGAAGCAAGUGACCGAAGACCCGUGACCCUAAGUCGCGAAUUCACCUCACAUAUUCCCAAACACCCCAAAUCCCAAUUGCUCACCUUGUGCUGUGCUCCCUCUUCUCCAGAACACACCGAGGAUGAACCAUAAUCAGCAAUCAAGUGAUGGUAUCCACGAAGAUGACGCUGCGCUCUCCGAUUUCCUCGCAUCCUUAAUGGAUUACACUCCCACGAUUCCAGACGAGUUGGUGGAGCAUUACUUAGCCAAGAGCGGGUUCCAAUGUCCCGACGUUCGACUAAUUAGGCUGGUAGCUGUUGCUACACAGAAGUUUGUGGCUGAGGUUGCAACCGAUGCCCUACAGCAGUGCAAGGCAAGACAGACAACUGUAGUCAAGGACAAAAGGGAUAAGCAGCAAAAGGAUAAGCGCCUAAUGUUAACAAUGGAGGACCUCUCAAGGGCACUGCAUGAGUAUGGCGUGAAUGUGAAGCAUCAAGAGUAUUUUGCUGAUAGCCCUUCAACUGGGAUGGAUCCUGCUUCAAGAGAUGAAUGAAGUUUUCUAAGUCCUAUCUAUAUAUGCUUAUGAAAAUACUUGCUACAUAGCUUGUGAUGUUUCCUCUCUUUUGCACUAUUUUGGCCAAUGGCUGUGUUGACAAUUAUCUCUCCCUUUACAUUGUGAAAAAAAAAAAAAAAAAAACUCCUUUCUGUUUUUCCUUUCUUUAUUAAUUCUUUUUAAUAAGAUUACUAGCUGAAUUAGAGUA